UGUUUGCUGCGCUUCUGUCUCAGGUCAAAGAGCAGAAAUCCUAUUGGCAGUGAUGCGUAUCCUGGAGAGGGGUGGACCAAACACAAACAGCUGAGGACUCCAGGACAGAUGACCCAGACUGACUCCAGCCAGGUCAGAGACGUGAGGAGUCCCCUGAAGCUGGUUCUGAAAGGUGGUGGCAAAAAGAGAUUGGACUUCCCCAGUGUGAAGAAAGGAACCACUGACAACGGAUCCACCAGCCAGCAGAAAGAAGACAAACGGCCUCAUCCCAGAAGUCUCCAAGAGAUGUUUGAAAGAGACUCGGAUCCAAGCUGUUCCAGUCGCCAUCUAACAGCUGAGGACAGAGAGUCGUUUUCCUCCAAGACUUUCCUGAAUUUUAAAUUUGACAGAGACGCCAUCAUGAAAUGCUUUGAUUACUGACACUCAUCAGAAUCUUUCCUUUGGGACUUUUUAAUCUUCAUGGAUAAAGAUACUUUGGUAGCUCCUUUCCUCUUGGCCUUCCUAGACCUGCGCCCACAUUUCCAUUGGAAACUCCGAUAUUUCUCCAACCAUGAAGAGAGCGCUGUCUUUCCUUACCUGACUGAUGAUGUAGCAGACCUCUUAGAAGCAAGGCUUCCUGUUCUGCAACCUUCCUGCAGGUUCGUCAUAUAUGAACAUGUGUUCCAUCUGGACUAAAAUAAACCUUAAAGGAUUUUAAACCCGGUUGUUUUGAAAAGCACCAAAGAUGAAAUGACGGGAACAGAAACCUGGCUCUUUACUCGGCAUCAAAUUUAGGAUUUUAGGAUUGAAUAAUAUUUCUUACCUCUAAUAAAAGCCAAGAUUAUGAACUUCUAAACGUUCACACCUGAUUCUGAUGUUUGCAGUUUUUAUGUUUUUCGUCAUUCUGAUUUUAAUGUUUCUGAUAACUUCUUGUUGGUUUUUUACUGAAUAAACGCGUUUCUUUCUUGUAUUUCCUCUAACACAUUGUUUUAGACACAAACUGUCAUUUUUUCAGCCUGUUUUUUUUCUUUCAGUGGACAGGGAUGCAUU